CCCCAUCGGAAGUCAGAAUCGGAAGUUCGCUAGUGUUUACAAUUCAGUGAUUCAAAGAUAUGGCGGAUCAAUAAUUUGCGUUCGCAUCGCGCAAGUAGUAAUUCUAGUUUAUUCUAUCAAUUCGUCGUGCCUAGAUAUGCCGUCCCGUGGAGAGGAUAUUCUCAAAGGUUUUCAAGUUAAUUGGAUGAAUCUGCGUGAUGCCGAUAACGGGAAAAUUUUAUGGCAGGGUAACGAAGAUUUAUCUGUACCUGACGUAGAACAUGAAGCACGUGUACCAAAGAAAAUUCUACGAUGUCGUGCAGUAUCGAGGGAAAUUAAUUUCAGUUCUGCAGAGCCAAUGGAAAGGUUUCGUUUGGAGCAAAAAGUAUUAUUCAAGGGUCGUUGCUUAGAAGAAUGGUUCUUUGAAUUUGGAUUUGUUAUUCCUAAUAGUACCAAUACAUGGCAGAGUUUGAUUCAAGCUGCACCAGAAAGUCAAAUGAUGCCAGCAAAUAUAUUAAACGGCAAUGUUGUAAUAGAAACAAAGUUCUUCGACGAUGAUCUCUUAGUGUCUACCAGUCGAGUCCGUCUCUUCUAUGUCUAAGGCGAUUUCCGAAUGGUCCUCAUAAUCAUGUAUAACAAUGGGACCAAUCAGUGUGAACAAGUUUUACAUAAUAAUAGAAGAAUACACACAGACAGGUUUUUACAAAUGCGGAUCAAUUUUCAUCUCUCUGAUCUCUUAUAUCAUAUAUUUUUUAUGCAUGUAUUAGCAAAAUGAUUUUGACAAUCUCAUAAUUUUAAGGUAAUUUACACCGUUAUAGAGUUCAAACACGCAAAAUUAUUAAUGAAGUUUUGCCAAAUAAUGGCAUUUUUGUUCAGACACGGCCUAAUGUAUCUAAAUUGCGUCUUUCAUUCUUUGCAAAGGAGAAACAUACUAUGCACUGUUAAAGCACAUGAUUUAUUAUUUAUUAAGCAUUUAAAUAAAUAUGUUAAGUUUUGUACAUAUUGUAAUACACC